AGAAAAGAAGCUUCAGCCACUCAUUCACUUCAACCGCCGGACAUCACUCCGCUGGACCUAUCAAUCAAGCUCUACCAGCCACAAAGGCACAAACCUGCUUUCCGUCCACGUUCACCGUGAUCGUGAUCGAUCGUCACGGAUCAACGUGAAGCGGGGCGGUCGACGCUGCCGAGAGACCAUUGCUCUCGUUCUGCUGUCUUUCACCCAUCUCCUCCCACCGCCUCCACUCCCUCACUCACUCACCUCCCACCACCGCCAUCAUGUCCUCCUGCUUCGGAUCCCGCAAGAAGCACAACAAUGGAGAGCGCGAGCCUCUCCUCCCACAAUACAACGAUGACACGACCCUCCAAGCAGAGGUGCAUCAGAAGCUCCAUACCUAUCAGAUGUUCCGUGCCAUGUCAAUGGGAUACAUGCCGAGCACUGAGCAGGCCAUUGUCAACCUCAGAACAUUCCUCUCCAGCGAUGUCCUCAAUGCCGACAACCCAGACCUCUCCGCUAGCGGCAAGCGAUUGGUCAAGCAGACCCGGACGUUGCUCCAACAGUUCAUGGACCUCCUCGAGCACAAGAACGACAAGGAUCAAAUUCAAGACUUGAUCUGGUAUUUGAGCAAGAGCAAGAUCACGGUCGAUGUGGAUGACUUGACACGGAGAGCACAAAAGAGCAAGGCCAAGGCUGAUACUCAGGCUGCGUAUCAAAGCCUGCAGACGGUUGGAUCACUUCUGCUCACCAACUCCGAUUUCCGCACUUUCUUGGCCGAUCUCAAUGUGGUGGGUAGAGAAGUGUUCAAGGAUACUGCUUUCGCCGCAUCCACUGCCGCCGAGGAGAUCGGAAAGCAGAUCGAGCCUUCUCAAGAAGAGAAGAGCACGGUUGCGAAGCCCGGAGCGGACGACAAGCUGAAGGCGCCUACAAAAGAAGAGCUGGGCGAGCAGGUCAAGGAUCUGAGCAAGGUCGUCGGUAAUGGCACUGCUGAUGUCGCACAAACCGCAGUAGACAGUGCCCAGGACAAGCUCCAAGGCGAUGAAGGCAAGACCUUGGUCAACCGACUCAAGCAGGCUGUUUUGAAGCUGCGCCAGCGCAACGACUACUCCGAGUCUGUGUCGACAUUGUCUCUUCUGCUCAAGCGGUAUGCCGUCAUUUACUCUCGCGCAGCUGAGCGAGUCACCGACGUCGCGGCCGAGGACAUCAACGAGAACGAGGCACUCGAUCAAGCAAUGCACAACAUGUGGAUCUUCAUCACUAGCUUCGGCAAGAAGGAAGACUGGAAGAAGUGUGAGGAGCUCUUCAAGCAGGUGAUGAGCCACAAGGAGAAGGACCCUCACUUUGAGGAGAUGAUGGAGGAGACUGGCAAUUCUCUGCAAAAGCUGCUCACCGACCCUGACUUCCUCGACAAUGCGCAGGAGAAGUUUGGCGAGCUCAAGGAGAAGAGCGAACAGGUCGGCACCGACAGCAGCCUCAAGAAGGACAUUCAGCACCUCGUUGCACAGGUCGAGAGAACUCUCAAGGGCGUCCUCCACGACGAGGACAUCAACAACUUGAUCGUCACCACUACACGCAUUUUUGGCAUUCUCUCUCCAGCGAACCAAGCCGCCAACCCAGACCUCCUCCAGGACGCCAUUCGCGUGUUCGCACCACUCGCCAUUGCUGCCAUUCAGUACAUCCCGAUCCCUCGUCUGGAGAUCAGCACUCCCGAAAUCGACCUCCUCCUGGAAAACCUCAUCGUCGAGCCUGGUCACACGGUAAACCACACCUCAUUCCUCCCUUACCGCCUCAAGGUCGAGACGUACAACGACUUCGAAAUCCGAAAGGCCCGCGCACGCACGGCCACAGCCAUGACCAACCUCAUGACCAUCAAACUCGACGGCCUCUCCGUCAAAGCUGAGGAAAUCGGCUUCUGGCUCCGCGCUCACAAGGGUCUCCUCCGCCUCGCCGACGAGGGCAUCGCAUCCUUCGCCCUCGACGAGCGCGGUAUUGACAUCCACAUUGACGUCGAGAUCGCCAAGGACCGCAUGGAGCAAAUCCUCACCCUCAAAGACGUCCGCGUCCACAUCCACAAGCUGAACUACAAACUCCGCCAGUCAAAACUCUCCUGGUUCGGAUGGCUCUUCAAGCCGCUUCUCCGCCCCAUCAUCCGCAAAGUCAUGGAGAAGCAACUCGCCAACGCCCUCGCCGACUUCUUCCACGCUGCCAACCGCGAACUCCUCUUCGCGAGAGAGCGACUCCGUGCCACGAGAAUUGCGGAUCCCAAGGACUUGACGACGUUCUUCAAGGCCGUCGCUGCGAGAUUGGUGCCCGAGGACGACCCAGAUCUCUACACGAGAGUCGGCUUCGCGCAACCGGGUAAAGGUGUGUUUAAGAAUGUGUAUGCUCCGGGUAGUGUGGUCAAGUUGUGGGAGGACGAGGCGGUGAGGGCGAGAGAACGGGUGGAGGAUAAUGAGUGGAACGCGGGUGGGUGGAGGAAUGAGAUUUUUGAUACGCAUGUUCGGAGUAUGACUUGA